AUCGCACAAUACAAGUUGAUAUCUUGGCUGUGCCGGUUCAUUUCUUGUUCAUUUAGCCGUUCGAUAGAAAUUGCUCCCACAAUGUCUCAACUCCAGAUUCAAAAGACAGCUCCUGACUUCAGCGGAACGGCUGUGAUUGAUGGAGAAUUCAAAGAAAUCAAUCCUGAAAUGUUCCGUGGAAAAUAUCUUGUUCUCUUUUUCUACCCACUGGAUUUCACCUUUGUUUGCCCCACGGAAAUCAUUGCUUUCUCCGACAGAGUUGAAGAGUUCCGUCAAAUCAACUGUGAAGUGAUCGCUGCCUCAUGUGAUUCCCACUUUUCCCAUCUUGCUUGGAUCAAAAUGCCAAGGAAGAUGGGUGGGCUUGGGGAUCUCCAUAUCCCUCUGCUGUCUGAUAAAUCAGGACGCAUUGCUCGAUCUUAUGGCAUUUAUAAUGAGGAAACCGGUGUUCCAUUCAGAGGUCUCUUUAUUAUCGAUGGUCAAGGCACAUUGCGCCAAGUGACAGUAAAUGAUCUUCCAGUUGGGCGCUCUGUUGACGAAACCUUGAGGCUGGUUCAGGCAUUCCAGUUUACCGAUGUUCAUGGAGAAGUCUGCCCUGCCAAUUGGAGACCUGGAAAGAAAACGAUGAAGCCAACACCUGUUGGAGCUGGUGAAUACUUUGCCAACGAAGGCUAAAUAUUUGUCUGAGGCAACUUUUAAAGUUUCAUCACAGCUUCAUCACUAUAUGUUUUUUUUUACUUUCUUCUAAUCUAUUUUUAAUUGUAAUCUAUUUGUUGUUUGUUCCUUUCUUGCCGAAUUAUUUGUACUUGCUAGUAUUAAUUAUUUGUAAACAAACACAUUAUGUUCGACAUUACCAAAAAAUUGUAACCAUUUACGGCCACAACACUUAGUGUCUACUGCCGUUAAGAUAUUAAAUAUCAAUAUAUGUUUUUCAAGUAAAAAUAUGUGGUCAUUAUUUUAUAUUAUAUUUGUAAACUAUAUCACCACAGAUACUAAUUAUCAGAAAGUAUUGUUUUGAUAUUAGCUAUAUAAUCAUAAUUUUGUUCCUACAGUAUUUUAUUAUAUUAUGUGAUAAGUGGAACAAUAAAUAAUUU